UGGAGUGUCACUUUCCUAUAUAUACUCUCAACUCAAGUUAGCCAGCAAAAAACACUCUCAUCUCUCUCUUUCUUUCCCAUUCCUUUUACAUUUUUUUUGUUUAUAUUAUAUGCACCACUACACAUCUUUCUCUCUCUCUCCAUGGUUUUGUGUAGCUGAGAAAGUGUCUUCUCUUUCAAAAACAUUUUUCACAUAUUCAUCACUUUGCAGCUCCUCAAUUAAUCACCUUAACUGAUUAAUAUUCUAGCUCCCUUUUCUGUUUUUGUUUUGUAGCUUCUGGGGUUCUUCUCUCAUAAUAUAUACCAAAUUUCAUACAGUGGAAGAAUAAAUUUUUAUAUAUAUGUGUGUGUAUUUAAACACCCUUUCCCUUCCUUCAAAUUCUGAAUUCUCCAGUGUGUUUUUGUUUUCCUAUUUUGGUUUUGUUCCCUGUGUUGUUGUAGCACAUCAUAUACUAUAGAUUGAAAUCAUUUCUGGGAAUAUAGGUGAUUGAUAAAAUGCCCCAGAAUAGCAUUUUCCGAGACCAAUCAUCGAAUCAGAUUCCUGAUCUUUCCCUUCACAUUAGCCUCCCAAACAGUGCUCCUUCUUCGAUUUGCACUGGAGAGGAUUCACCCUUUGAUGCAUGGCCACACCAAGAUGACUAUGCAGAAGAAGGCUUCAAAUCCCACAGUGAUGGUUCAAUCAAAGGUUGUAGCCCUUACCACACAGACACACAACUGUCUUUAGCAAACUCCACAACUGUCACUGUUACUCCCUCUGAGGCUGACAGCACCUGGAGGAAGAGAAACUUUGUUAGACUUAGCCACCAUGGGGUUUCUGAGGCUCAAAUAAGACUCAUCAAUGGAAUCCCUCUCUACAGUAACCUUUCUUCUUUGGACAACAACACUAGUACUGAGAGAAACCCCACCAACAAGUUUUCCUUUUCUUCUCUAUAUUCACUUCCACACCCUCCUUAUUCUUCCAAUUCUGCUCCUAACUAUACCUAUAAUGGUGCUGUUGGGGGUGUAGCAGGAGAACCAAUCUCAAGGCCCCAACAGUUUCAGCACUUUGAUUACCCUCAGCAGCAGCAGUUUGGGAAUAGUUCAAAUUUUGGAGCUUCUGAAUUUUCUAAUAAUGGAUUUGUGAGAUCAAGAAUGUUGCCAAGGAAUCAAAGUAAUAAAAGGAACAUGAGGGCUCCAAGAAUGCGUUGGACUAGUUCUCUUCACAACCGCUUUGUUCAUGCUGUUGAACUACUCGGUGGCCAUGAAAGGGCUACUCCUAAGUCAGUUUUGGAACUAAUGGAUGUGAAAGAUCUAACACUAGCUCAUGUGAAGAGUCAUUUGCAGAUGUAUCGGACUGUUAAGAACACUGACAAACCUGCACCUUCUUCAGAUGGGGAUGAGGAUUUCAUGUCCAUAACAGUUCCAAAUAAUCAAAAUACGAAUUUUUUACCCAAUCAGAGAGGAGCUCCAAAUGCAUCCAUGGAUCAUGAUAAGGGCUACACAUCCAGCAAUCUGUGGGCUAAUUCUUCUACCAGUAGAGGAGCACGGAUACAAGCUAGUGCACAUGAUUUGGAAGAACUUAGUCACCACGAAAUCCUAUCAUCUCAGCAAUAUUCUGGGAAACUUUCUGAGGGAAACAACUACAUACAAACAAGAAGCUUCAAGGAUCAAAAUCCAAGCUUGGAGUUCACCUUAGGGAGAUCAACACAAGAAUGAACAAGCCUAAUUUUAACUGGUUUACAUGAUCACUUUAUUAUUACUAGCCAAAAAUAGAAAAGAUUAAUGCACAGGAAUAUAAAUUAAUUAAUAUAUAAUAUAUAUAUAAUAUAUAUAGGCAGUGCUUUUUUCAGGGCAAAGAUGUAAUGCACUUUCCACAAAUC